AUGGUUUGGAAGGUGUGCAAGGCCACCGGCGUGCGGAUUCCAAGGACGGAGCAGAACGCGGAGGCAACACUUGCUCGCAUCUGCGACUACCUCAAAGUGAAGCAAAAGGGAGGCGUCUGUUCCUUUGGAGUGAAGCUCGUCUCCAUCUCAAGUCAAGGCUGGAUCUGUACUGGGCGCAAGUGGGCUUUCGUGGUAGCGGCCGCGUUUGUCUUGGCAGCACGGGCGUACUUCUACGAGCUGGACGUCGAAGAAGUCGCCGACUUUCUGGCUAUUGGUGCUGGUACAGUGAAAAAGCGCAUUCAGGAGAUCAAGCAGUUGAUCCUCUCGGUGAUGACACAUCUGCCAUGGGGCCACAUGAUCACAAUCGAGAACUUACAUGUGUACUUGCCUUUUGCCCUUGAGCACUGGGAGCUGCUCCGGUCCUGUGCACCCCUCCUCCGGAAGCAGCAGCUGGACAUGCAGCAAAAGAGGCAGAAGGCCUUGUUGCAGCUGCAUGGUCCAGGCAUGGACGAGCUGGACUCACACGCAGCUGGCGCUCCGCCAAGACAGCAGCGGGGUGCGAAGAAGCGCAGCCAUCGGCGUGACGAAGACCGGACGGAGGUGAAAGCCACAGCCGCCAAAAGCAGCGAUGAGGAUGAUGAGGUUAAACUGAAAGCUGUGGCUCUGCUGGCCAGGCUCAUGAAGGUUGCCAAGGAGGAUGUGGACCCCAGCGUCCGAUUGGCCGCUUUGGAUGCCCUGCGGUCUGUGGCCGGUGAAGGCAGUCGCCAUCUGAAAGAUGCAGCCCUUCACCUCAUCCUAGAUGAGGACGAGGUUGUUCAAGAAGCGGCGUCAGAGCUCCUGGAGAAACUUGACCUCACGGAUCAUGCCUCCGAGCUGGAGUCGGACAAGCCUGAGGAGGUACUCGUUCUGGCACCUCAGGCAGUUGGUGUGGAAGAGACGCCGCAG